CCGACGCCUAUAAAUAAAGAAAAUAUCACAGUUCAAAAUAAUGCAAUAUCUUAUUACACUCUCAUCUCCUCUACUCUCUCUCUCGCUAGAUAUUUUCCACUCACUCUCACUCUCCGAUCAGAUAUCACAGAGACACGAUGUUUUGUCUUCAGAAUCUUCCAAGAUCCUCUGCUUUGCCUUUGCAAAGCUCCAAAAGUCAUCAGAGAAAACCUCCCUGCUCAGUCAAUACACUGGGAGUGAUGAGUAAUGUUAAUCUACAUCGAAGUAUGGCGGUUAAGGCAAUUUUGGGUCCUACGUCCAGUGCUGAGGCAAGCGAUGCUAAUUUAGAGGAGGAAAAAUCGGAAACAUAUAGUAGCAACAUGACAGAAGCUAUGGGUGCUGUCUUGACCUAUAGGCAUGAACUAGGAAUAAACUACAACUUCAUUCGUCCAGACUUGAUUGUGGGAUCAUGCCUACAGACUCCUGAAGAUGUUGACAAGCUUCGUAGUAUUGGAGUGAAAACGAUUUUUUGCUUGCAGCAGAAUUCAGACUUGGAAUAUUUUGGGGUUGACAUCAAUGGCAUACGAGAAUAUGCUAAGACAUAUGAUGACAUUCAACACUUGCGUGCUGAGAUAAGGGACUUUGAUGCAUUUGAUUUACGAGUAAGGCUUCCAGCUGUCGUUAGCAAAUUACACAAGACCAUAAAUCGAAAUGGAGGUGUGACAUAUGUACAUUGCACUGCUGGACUUGGAAGAGCUCCUGCAGUUACGUUGGCCUACAUGUUCUGGGUUCAGGGCUAUAAACUUAUCGAAGCUUACAAUUUGCUAAUGGGCAAACGCUCAAGCUUCCCUAAAUUGGAUGCUAUAAAAAGUGCAACUGCUGAUAUUCUUACAGGCCUCAGGAAGAAGGUGGUCACUUUGACAUGGAAAAAUCUUAAUUGCUCAACGGUGGAAAUUUCUGGACUUGAUAUUGGAUGGGGUCAGAAAAUACCUCUACAAUUUGAUGAGGAAGAAGGUUUGUGGUUUCUUAGGAGGGAAUUGGCAGAAGGACGCUAUGAGUACAAGUACAUUGUUGAUGGUGAAUGGACAAUCAAUGAGAAUGAGCUCGAAACCUCGGCCAACAAAGAUGGCCAUGUCAACAAUUUUGUUCAAGUUUCCGAUGAUAAUCCAGACGGUUUUAAUGCUAAUCUGCGGAGGAGGUUGACAGGUGAUAAUCCUGAUCUAUCAAAGGAUGAACGACUGAAAAUAAGACAGUUUCUUGAAUCUGUUCCUGAUGAAGAGCAGUGAAUAUAGCCAAGGCAGUUUCAACUUUCAAGUAGCCAGCAUAUAUAAUAAAAAAAUGUAAAAAAAAUUAUCAUCAAUAAUUGCGUGUAUUGUUUAUGAAAUAUUUUUAGUGUAUAGUUAAUAAAUUGGGAAAUACUUACCCAAAUGAAUAAAUUGGGAAAAGACAGUAUAUAAGAAAUUUUGUUCUCAA